UUUGCCUGAAGUCUGCCAAGGUACUGGACAGAUCUUAGUUUACACCAUUUUCUAGCCUGAGGACCUAAAGAAAAUGGACAUUGCCACAAAAGACACAGACGCACGGCGACCUGGUCACCUUCGAGCCCUUAACCGUAGCAGCGACACCGAUUUCACCGACUCCCGCCUAAAACCAGAACCGCUUCGUCUAGGUCGCAGGGAUGUUUCUGGUGCAGAAUCGACUCACAUGUCUCUCGACGACAGUCUGAUGUCACCAGAUCCAGGGGCAUUGGCAGGUGAUGAAGACUCAGAUCUGGGAAAAUGCGAGCGCAACUGGGAGGCGGAGAGCUUAGGAUCGCCCGUCAGCAACGGUAUACAUAGCCCAUCACACAUGGGUGAGCAAGCACCUCCCUUUUCGGACUACAACCCUUCUGAAUCUCCUCCAGAAGCAAUCGUACAUCGAGAGCAAGGUGAUUCUGCCCAGAUGGUCCUGGAAACCAGCCAGCCAAAUAUGCCCGGCGAGUCAGAGAGCUGGCUGCUCAGGUCCACUGAGGACUAG